UUCUUGAUCUCCCUCUUCCCGGAUAAAAAGCUAGUGUUAGAGGCACCCGAUGCUAUAGUUUGACUCUGGCGGUGACCAGUGUGCUGUAUUAGUUUUCUCAAGCAUCUCCCACCCUUCCCCUUGUGUGGUUCACUUCUGGAUUCGGUAGUGAGUUGGCUGAUGUUGGUCAUAUACAUACUAAAUAUGAUAUAUAUUUGGAUUAAUUUACUCUAGAAACGUAUAGUAGCAAAAAGAAUGGAAUAAUGUACGGAUGGAGCUGUGCUAAUGAAUUUUAUUUUUCAAUGUAAAGAAUAAGAGAGAGGGAAAAAAAGACGAUUUGCACCUUAUAUAUGUCGACUUAGUUGUACUGGAAAUAAAAUAAAAAACUGAGUGCCCCCCCCCCAAUAUAGUGAGUGAUCCACUAUAUUUUACGCUAGAACAUAGCAACAGUGUAAUGUAAACUGUUUCAAUGGUUUUCUCCAUCCAAGCGUCAUUUCAAUGAUAAAAUUAUUAUUUUCUGAUACAUACUUCCAAAGAUUCCAGUGAUAGGAUUAAUACAGGCUUCUGAAGAAACGGGAAAUCAUACGAGACGUGACGUAAUGACAGAAUAUUGUCUCCAUAUUUUCUAUUAAGACGAUAGGGUACAAGAAUUAAUAAGUUGUGCUGUGAAAGUCUCUAGCAGUGGAUAUCAUUAAUCAAAGGGGGGAAGGAGUGGGAGGGUCAUGGGUGUUUGACAAGCCAUGGGGUUUAGCCUGCUGGGAUAUAAAUCAUCUCAAUCCGAAACAGGUGUCACCAGACAAGUGUUGGAAAUUCGGAUUUUACAGACUCUUUUACUAGGAUAGGCUCUCGAACUGUACGCUUCUUGUUAUGAAAAAUGGCAUUACAGAACAGGACUGACAUCGGAACUGGUAGAAACUGUGAAGCUCAUACGUGAAUAGUGUUGACCGGUGUUGUUUCUACGAAGUAACUCUCUCAAGUUUACUGUUGAUACUAAUUUCUGAUCUAAAUAUGCUACCCACAUAGAUCAGAACUAAAAUUCAAUGGCGUAAUAAAAAUAGCCAAUUAAAUAUACUUACGCUCUUACUUAUAAGAUUUAGAAUACAUUGUUUCACUCUCGCUGCUAGCGAUAUUGUCAGCUGUAAUCAUGUAUAGAAAACGUUUCUAAAACUCGAUUGACCACCAUUGUGGGAAUUAGAUAUAUUCUCUUUGGUUUCGUUAGUAGCUCCUUUACAGACCUGUGACUCAAUUAAGUAAAAUAUCGUAAAGCAAAAGAUUUAUUUGUUAACACCCAGGGUAGCAGCUCUGUGCCGACACAGCCCUAAAAAAGAAAAGGCAAAUAAAGGUUCAUCACACGCAACGUGUGUUCCUGUGAAAAAUAAUUUCCGAGUAUCUCCAGUAGGUGGACAUUGGUAGUACUUUGUUCCUCGUGCUGCACCUUAGGUUACCUCCACCUAUAGCUCUCUGGAACCAUGAUAUUCUAAACAACACGUGAUGAGAAAGACUGAAGGGCGUGGUGCUAUGAGUAAAAUCUUAUUAAUGAUGGUUAGAAGUGGUGGCUAGUACCAUUCUCUCAGAAUAUGUAUUUCAAGACAGACUCGGCUUAAUGUACUUCAGAAGAGGUUUACUCGCAAUUUGUUUUAAGCUUGAUAUAUCUUGUAUUGAGUGAAAAAGAACUCAUCGCACUUAUCCAUCAUGCUGUGGGAGUGUUUUGGCCGAAGAAAAAAACACAAGCAACGCCGCCAAGUGGCCAGAAGUCCUUCACCGGACUGUAGGUGUUCUUGUCACGGGCAGGUAAUAGCGUCAUGUGAACCCCCGGCGAAUUACGAAUUACACAGCCAAGAAGUUACGAGGCAAGCCCGUUCAUAUUCACGAACACCGGAAAUAUCAGAAGCCCGGUCCGCUGACAUCCCAAGUCCAAGGACACAAGAGAAGUUGCCACGAUUUAUCAUGGAUAUAACUUACAUCACUGAACGUAUCAUAGUUCUGACUUUCCCAGAGUCAGGAACAGAUGCUACAUAUCGAAGUAACCUUAAGGAAGCAGCGCGCAUGCUCCAAACGAAACAUGGCGAUAAGUACAAAGUCUUCAAUCUAUCUGAGAAAAGAUCAGAAUUGAAGAAACUCAACAGUAAGGUAGAAGAUUGUGGAUGGCCAUCAGAUUUGGCACCAACAUUAGAAAAACUCUGCAGUGUUUGUGAUUUACUAGAUAAUUGGCUGAAGACUGAUCCCCAACAUACAGCAGUGCUACAUGCCAAGGGUGACAGUGGAAGAGUUGGUGUUGUUAUUGGAGGUUUUAUGCUCUACAGUAAUAUCUAUGCCAGUGCUCAAAAAUCUUUAGAUCGAUUUGCCAUGAGAAGGUUGUAUGACGAUAAGUUCUCUGUCAGAAUGCAUCCGUCACAAAAACGGUAUAUUCAAUACUUUACAGGACUUUUAGCCUCAACAAUAAGAACAAAUGACAACGUAUUUUAUCUUCAGCAUAUCAUAAUACAUGGAAUCCCAAACUUUGAACCAAAAGGUUGUCGGCCAUUUGUCAAGAUUUAUCAAGGAAUGAAGCCAGUUUAUACAUCAGGAGUAUAUAGUGUCAUGGAACGAGCAAAAAAAAUCAUCAUCACGAUAGAACCACAUCUGCCCCUUCAUGGUGAUAUACUAAUCAAGUGUUAUCACAACCAACAAAAGCCAGCUGGAAGAUCUUCACUGUUUCGGGUUCAGUUCAAUACUAUGGCUCUAGAUCAGAAGCAUGUGGUCUUCCGGAAGGAAGAACUGGAUGAUGCUGUUUCUGAUUUCAGGUUUCCAAGUGAUGGUAAAGUAGAACUUCAGUUUUCUUUUCACUCAGAUGACUACAAAGGAAAUGGUUUUGUCCGCAAUGCUAAAAUGCCAGCUGACUGUUUGCGUAAUUCUUAUGAAAACUUUGUUGUAGAAUCUACAACUAGUGAAGAAGAAGUAAACCAUACUGCUGGGCCUGUGGAUGGUAGCCUCUAUGCAAUAAUAAAGAAAAACUCAAUAAUGAGGAAUAUUUCACCGAACCAUGAGAGGUAUAAUGAGCCAGAUGGACCUCAUACUACAAGUAGGGAUUCUGGGAUUUCUUCUUCAUCUGAUGUUCAUGGAUGCUAUUCUCCGCUAAGUUUUGGUAGUCAAAUCCAAUCACCUGUCUCCAUUAAUGAUUAUAGCAGUAAGCAUUCUUGCUCUAUUAUAGAGGCAGAAGUUCACAACCCACAAGUUAGAAUUGAAGGUGAUUUAAAACAAGGCAAUUCGAUCCCGGUAUCUCAGCAAGCUGAGCUGGAUGAACUGAUGAGAAGCCUGAUAGAAGAAACUGAAAAAUUUCCUGACUUACAUUCAUCAAAAAAUGUACAACCACAAAACUUUGGUCUUGUUUCUUCAUCAAUGAUUAGUUCCACUUAUCCAGAAAAACAAAAUUCAGCAGAAUAUAUGUAUUUCUCUCCCAGAGAAAAUGUACAGUUCAACAUGUCAAAUAUAAAUGGGAGUAUAAAACAUUCGUCUCCAGUAUUUGCAGAUGUAGUUCCUGCAGUAUCAAACAGAGGUCAUGUAAGAAAUGCUAGUGAGCCUCCCUGUCUAUACACCAUGAGAUCAGAACGGAGUUCCCUGAGCAAAGUGCCUGCUGUAUUAAAAAAUACUUCUAAGCCUUGUAAUGACAUCACAAGGACAUCUGACAGUAUUUUAUCUGAAGGUCUGAAAUCUAAUAGACCCAUAGUUUCACCGGAUGACAUGUGGUUUCAAAAGCAGUGGCAAAGACACAUUGCCAAGCAAGAAGGGCCCAUUCUGAAAGAACAGCUCCUGCAUAAGCAGCAAGUAAUUGCUGAGCUCAGGGAUGUUCAGGCUAAGAAUUCUCGAAGUCCAUUAUCUUCUCCACCAAAAUCACCAGCAAAAAAUUCAGAUUCUGAGGUAUUUAACUACUAUGAACCACUUCAUAUCAAUCCAAAACAUGUCCGGGUGGAGUCAAAUUUGGAUGUACCAAAACAAAAACAAGUUGGAUUUUCUGAGUAUCUUGAAACCUCUAGACCUCCUGUUCCUUCAAGAAAUGACAGCAAGGAUACUAUAUGGAUUAGACGUUAUCUCAGCCAAGAAGAUCAUCCUUCACAUAUCAAUAUCCAGUCUUCUGAAACUUCUUAUAAUAGGAGUCUCUCACCUGGAGCAGUUAAUGAAAUGCAUUAUUUCACAGACUCUGAAAAGAAAGCCCAGGAAAAGAAUUUAGAAUAUUGUCAAAACUAUAACAGUAAUUCAAAACCAGUGAUGACCAGCCCUGCUGGUCAAUGCAGUUAUCCAGAAUUAAAUUCUGUUAAUAAUUCUGGUCAGAUAGUUUGUUUUUCAGACCCACUGCAACCAGAAAACAAUGGUUUUAGACACCAGAACCAACAUAUGAAUCCAAGGUCUAUGCUUCACUGCAAUGGUCCUACAAGUUAUGAUCAUGAAAAAAAUACCAUUGUGGUCAGUGAUUCUGUACAGAAGAAUUUUAAAGCAACAGCUCAGAUUGUGGAAGCUUGUAUGCCUAAUCAAAUAGGUAACUCUGCAAUCUCAAAACCUGCAGUUGUAGAAAAUGUUGUGUCUUGCUAUACUAUUUCAGACAUUUCACCAACAAUGAAGUCCCUGUCUCCACCUGGACAGUCAAGUACAACUAACCAUCACAUUGGUAGUACAGUACCAUUAGACACAGUGGACAGUGGUUCUUUGAACAGGCAACAAGGACAAGUGAAGCUACAAGAAUUACCUCAAAGUCUUAAAGCAGUUUCGUACAGCAGUUCUCAAAGUCCAUCCACCAUAUUAUCUCAACUCCAUCAACACAAUUCUGAAAGUUUAUCACCAAAUGUUGGCGAGCCCCAAGGACCACUUUCAGCUUUCUCUGAUUCUAUGUUCUAUACACUGUCAACACCCCAACAUGCUGACUCCAAGACAGGAGAUAAAUCCAUGUGGCCACUAUCGUUAGCUACUUCAUCCAGUAAUCCUGAUACACCAACUCUUUCACUGUCCCCUAAAACACCAUAUGUAAAUCAAGAGCCGCAAUGUGGACUGUUUACUUUUGGUAUUCCAAAAAGCCCUGGAAUGGAAAAUGGACAAUUGUCACAUCAUCAAACGUUAGGAAUGUAUGUUGAUCAGAAUUCUCCAAGUCAGCUUUCAGGCCAUUCAUACGAGUCUAGUACAGUGUCUCUUUCAGAUUUCCCUGUUGUCAUCAACCAUCACCCUUUCUUUGUAAAAGACACUUCCAAAAUAUGGUACAAACCUACAAUAUCCAGAGAUGAAGCAAUCAACAUGUUAAAAGACAAGUCCCCAGGAACAUUUGUGAUACGAAACAGUAACUCUUUCAUAGGCUGUUUUGGACUUGCAAUGAAAGUUACACCAUCAUUACUAAACAAUGGAGCAAAUUCAGAUCCUGAAUCCAGUGAAAUGAUAAGGCACUUUCUAAUAGAAAGUACACCAAAAGGAGUUAGACUCAAAGGAUGUCCUCAUGAUCCAGUAUUUGGCACUUUAUCAGCCUUGGUUUACCAAUACUCCGUCACACCUAUGUCUCUACCAUGUCGACUUGUCCUCCCAGAAUUAGAACAAAUUUCUGAAUGUGAUUCCAACUUUACAACAAGUCCAACAAAGAUAGAAGGUAAGAAAACUGGUUUGUAUCAAACAGUCUUUGAAUAAACAUUUUGUUUGUGAUAUUUAUCAGCAUUUAUUGUAAUAGAUACUUUUAUAAUUUCAAACAAG